AAACCACUGUACUAUACGAUUUUAGCAGACAGCACAGAUCAUGGAAGAAGAUGCUGAUCUUUCUAACAUAAUUUUGCAUAUAUUUGAAAAGCAGAAACAAAAUGGAAGUGAUGUGCAAUACAGUGACAAAUUUAAGUGUGUAAAUAUUGGGAAAACGUAUCUUGUUAAUGUGAUUGUUAAUUUUCCUUCGUGUUUGAAUGGGAACAUUAAUAAAUGGAAAAAAAGAAUUGAAAAUCUUUCUGGACACGUCAAUUUCCACGUUGCAAAAAAUAUACCUAAUAUCGACGAAAAUGAACUGUCUUACAAUAAAAGUUACUUUUUGUGCAAUGUGGUUAAGAGCACAGCUGACACAAAUACACAUUUAAAACUACAUGAGAAGAGCCCUUACUUUGUUGAUGACAAAACAUUUAUUGUUCCAUUGGAAGCAACAGUAAAUAAUAUUUCAUCGUGCGAUACAAAAAUUUAUUUGACAGUGUCCAUUGUCAAGCCGAUACCUUGCCCAAAGAGAAUGUUAGGAGAAAGUGAUUUCUUGUUGAAGCUUGAUGACAUUAAACCUUUACCAGAAAAAGAAAAGAUUUUUACUCAAAAGUCAGUAUCAAGAACUUUACGUAUUCACCAGCCACCAAAACUUCAAGUGAAGUACAAAGAUGUUUCUGGACAAUUUAUGGUGUUUCUCAGUGUAAAUAAUGAUAGUUUACAAGACAUAGCCAUAAACAACUGUAUGUUAAUGAAAGGACAUUGUCCUGCUUGUGACAAGACUAUCAAUAAACACAGAGAUGUCCAGAAUGAUAUAGGAGCAUGUAAAGGUUGUGACCAUGCUAUCCAUAUGGUUAAUGGAGACAGAUUAAAGUUUCCUGUUGAGCUAGGCAGAGGAGAAAUUUUAUCACUUAUAUUUGUUCUGUAUAAGCACAACAUUGAAACAGAUUACUCUGAAUUGGUUUUAAAUGCACAUGUGAAAUGGGGAACAGAAAUCCUAGAACCACAGGCUGUAACAGUAUACAGAUUGCCAAAGAUAUUGUUUAGAAAAGUACCAUUUGUUUUAGAUGUUAAGUGUGGUCCUAAGAAGAUUGAUGUUGGUGAAAGCUUUAAACUUACAUAUACAGUUACUAAUACUUUACAAGAUUUCCAAGAAUGGAGGUUAUACUGGAACCCUGUUGUACCACAGAUAACAGAUCAAAAAAAGCAACAGAAAUAUCUCAAAGAAAUAGAAAAUAUAAAGUCUGGUCUUCUUUGUCAUGAUCCUGUUAUAAAAUUUGGGAAGUUGUCUUAUGGUUCUACAGUCAGCACAAAAGUAGAGUUUACCAUACUCAAACCUGGUUUAUAUGAGUUUGGGAAACAUAUGAAGCUGAACCUUACCUACAACAUACCAGAAUCUCCCGUUAAGUCCCCAUCACAGCUUGUAAGUUCUCCUGAAGGGCUGUGGAGAAAUCGUAUCAGUAGUGCAUCUUCUUAUGGUGGAGACAGAGAAUUGGAAGAAAAAAGGCUUUCAUUUGGAAAAUCAUACUCAUUUGGUGAUUUAGGACCAGAUCAUGCAUUAGAAACAGAACCACAGGAAAAUAUUUCGUUAUGUAGUAAUGAUUUUCUCCAAAAAUCUGUUGUAUCUUCAAACUUUAAGAAGAAUUCUUUUCUCUUAUAUAUACCUAAUGGAUGAGGACGUGCUUCAGAAACAAAUGUGGUCAUUUUCUUCCAGACGUUUUGAAUUCUGCCUUGAAUUCUCCAUAGGUAUGAAAAGCUUCCAUUCAGAUGCAACAGUUCAAUUGUGACGUUGAAAUAGUUUUAAAAAUUGAAUACCUUCUCCAUCACGGUAAAAUACUAUGUUUUAUCAAGCUAACAUGGCAACUAUUUACUACAUGAUGUAUAUAUUAUUCUGGUGCAUGUUAUUACAUGUAGUUAAUACUAGGUUUUAUUUCAUUUUUUCAUUAAAAUGCAAAAAAGAUCAUGUGGUUAAAAUUUCUCUCGU